AUGGAUGAAGACACAAUGCAUGCUUUAGUAACAUGUGGUUAUGCAAGUUCCAUUUGGGCUCAAUCUCACCUUCCAAUCCCCAUGAUAGCAACAAAUGUUUUUCAUACUUGGUUUAGUGAGCUAUUAAAUAUUUUAGACACUAACCAAAUUGUUCACGCAGCUGCAAUAUUAUAUCAUAUUUGGAGAGCCAGGAACGGAGCGGUAUGGGAUGCGUGUCUACCGCGACCACGAAAAGUGUUAGCCUUGGCCGAAGCAACCGCACUUGCAUGGCAAAGAGUCCACCACACCCACCCACAAACGGACCAAGGGGCUGCCGCACAAAGCAGUGCUACUGCCACUGCCGUGACACGGCAGCAGCAGCACUACAACACGGCAAAUGCCGUGACUGCUAUGGGGAUCGCCCAAGAGGGCGCACGGAACGAGCCUGCCGAGCCGAGACGGAGAUGCUAUGUCGAUGCUGGAUUCAUGCCAGCUACAGGAAGGGCUACGGUUGGCGCGGUUUUGUUCGACGAGGAAGGGGGAUAUGUAUCGGCAUUCAGUGCACCCUUGUCAGAUUGUCUGUCCCCGCUUAUGGCUGAAGCAAUAGCAUGUAAGGAAGCCUUGUCUUGGUUAUGGAAUCGUGGAGAGCGCUCAGUACACAUACUCACGGAUUGUUUGACCCUGCAACAGUAUUUGACAAAUCAAGCUAUCACUGUUCGGACUUACGUUGGCUAUGCCAUUGAUGCUUGUAGAGCAUGCAUUAUUUCUUUUGAUUAUUGUUCAGUUAAUUUUAUUCCUAGAUCAGAGAACUAUUUAGCACAUAGUCUAGCGGCUACUGCAUUUAAUUCUUCUACGAUUAUGUAUUCGGACGAUGUCCCUCCAGACUCUAUUUCUGAGUACCUUUAA